UUAUACUGAAUCUAAAAGGGAGUUUAGCGAUAGACUGCUGAAUCGAUUUUCAACUUAUUCCAAAUUACAAAGAACCGUGGCGUGGAUUCUGAGAUGGCGCAAUAGAAUACGCACUUCUAUUCACUCCAAGUGUUUAACUACUGAAGAAUUGAAUUCAGCUCAGGACUCACUGAUCCGAUUGGUACAGGAGGUUCACUUCUCCGACGAACUCGAUCGUUUAUCGCCAAAUAAAAAAGUCAUUACUUCACUUAAAAAACUCUCACCUUUUCUCGAUUCCAGGGGCUUUCUCAGGGUAGGGGGUCGUAUCACCUACUCCGAGUUGCCGUAUAAUGCGAAACAUCCUCGUCUCUUACCGAAGGAUAGUUUGUUUACAAAAUUGUUCAUUGAAUAUUGUCAUAAAAAAUAUUUACAUGCCGGGCCACGCGCGCUUCAAAGUUUAAUCAUGGAAAACUUUUGGAUAUUAUCGGCUCGUCGCCUAAUUAGAUCCGUCUUAGCUAAAUGCAAGGCUUGUUUCAAAAACAAACCACCUUUAUUGCAACCUGAGAUGGCUCCGUUGCCUCCAACCAGGCUCAUGCCUCAAAAGGUAUUCGAGCAUGUAGGGGUAGACAUCGGGGGUCCCUUUUAUAUUAAGGAAAGUUUACGUAAAAAUGCAAAGAUAACUAAGUCUUACUUAGCAUUGUUUAUCUGCUUUUCCACAAAAGCUGUGCAUUUGGAAGUUUUAUCUUCCUUGUCAGCUGAUUGUUUCCUCGCGAGUCUGGACCGAAUGACGUCACGCCGAGGGCUCUGCUCGGUCCUGUACUCAGAUCGCGGGUCAAAUUUCUCUGCUGCCAGCAAACAUUUAAACGAAGUGCAGCGAUUUUUGCGAGAUAACGAAGAUAUCACUGCGGGGUGCGCACAGAGACAAAUCUCCUGGAGGUUCAACGUAGCCAGUGCCCCAAAUAUGGGCGGGCUGUGGGAGGCUGGAAUUAAGUCUGCAAAGUACCACCUAGUGCGAAGCGUUGGUGAUAAAUACUUAACCUUUGAGGAACUUGCUACCGUGUUCUGUAAAGUCGAAGCAAUCCUCAAUUCCCGGCCUCUGUGUCCAUUGCCGUCAAGCGAUAAUCCGGAUGAAUUUAAUGUGUUGACAGCCGGUCAUUUUCUGAUAGGCAAAAGUUUAACGGCCGUGCCGGAAUAUCAACUUGAACUUGAACCGAUCAGCAAAUUGUCGCGCUGGCAAUACCUUCAAAAAAGCUCGCAAUUAUUUUGGAAGCGAUGGAGUCGCGAGUAUUUAAAUACGCUUCAACAGCGUGCAAAGUGGUUCACCUCAAAGAUUAAUAUUAAUGUGGGUGACUUAGUACUUAUUAAAGACGACAACGCGCCUCCAUGCCAGUGGCCGUUGGGUAAAAUAGAGGCCCUACAUCCCGGUCCCGAUGGUGUGGUUCGUUGUGUAACUUUACGCACGCAAAAGAGUCGGUUGCAACGACCGGUUAAUAAGUUAAGCCCUCUACCUUAUGUUAACUAAUUCCCGUACUUAGAAUAUUAUUAUAUUUGCUUUA